GUCUCCUUCCUGAAAGAUCCAACUCCAAGACUAAUGACUCUUAAUUAGCCUCACCUGCAAAUAGGCCUCUGUGCACACACAAGCAAAAGCAUCAACAAACUAGAGAUGUGUUGGGAUGAAAAGAGGAAAAAGUCCACCUUGCUUUUAUCUAUAAUAAUGAUAUACUUCUACUGCCACUGUAGUUCUGUACCACCAUCACUGUGGAAGAGCCGUAUUUCCGGCCAGGAAGAGUCACCUUUUACCGAAAGGGGUGGCAUUGAACAAGAUGACCUCCUUGACCAGGGAAGGAAACUAUACAAAUUCAGCGAAAGUGGUUAUGAUGAGUUGUGGCAUCAAAGUGAAUCAUCUAAUGCAGGUCAUGUUCCAGAGUCCGACAAUAUUCAUCAGCAGGGCUUGAUAUGGGCUUGGACCAAAGGAAAAGCCAUUAGAAAACAAAGCUUGCCUGAAAAUGAUGAAGGAUAUGAAAGUGAUAUAACAGCAUUUUCUAGAGUUCCUGGAAAAGUCUUGAUAUCAUCAUCUGACUCCGUUCCACACAUAUCUGAGUGGCUGGCAAUGAAGCCAAUGCUGCAGUGUGCUGACAAUUUCAUGACCUUCACAGCUUCAGGAGAAGGAUUCUCGCAUCUCUUAGUGGACAAAGGAGGGGCCUCCCCUGUCUCUAUCUUCCAUUUAUCACUAUAUUGUGGUUACCAAGUAAGGACAUCAUGGAGUGACCUUCAGAUAAUAGUACCAUAUGAUGCAUGCUACAUUACCCAGGAGAACGGCAGCUAUGUGCUGUCCAUACUUUGGUGGGGGAGCCCUUUGAAACUGUCUUGCCCAGUGGCAAUGCCUACGGUAGCAUCAGCAAUUCCUGUCGUUCUCUGUUCCCCCUAUGGCAUGGCAGUGCAGCUAUACCAGCAAGAGAACAACCUACCAAUAUUGAGAGUGUUUGGAAAUGAAGAGUGGGCUCCAUUUGUUUCUGCUCAGUGUGCCUACCGUGCGGACUCUCAACCAGAUGAACUAAUUUUUUUCAUCCCCUUCAUUGCUCCUUGUUUUAGAGAUGGACAAGAGCUCCAGUUUGCUUUUAAUGAGCAAGAAAUGAUCCUCUCUUGUCGUCCAAGAUCAUCCCCUCAGUCUAAUAAUCCUUUAGCUUCCGCACAGUCUCCAGCCAUAGAGCCGAUUGAUAAACCUGAUUACCACCGCACUACCGACAGACACUUGCCAUAUCCUCAUAUUCCAAAGCACUCAUCUCCUGGUCUUCAGCCUGACACCUCACCUUCGUUUUUUUCAGGCAGUGUUUAUGAAGUUCCGCUUCAACAGUUUCCCUAUGAUUCAAAUCCUCUACCUGUUGCACCUGGGAAUCAAAAUGCCCACCUUCCAGAUUAUCGCCAUACUGCUGACCCUGGAUUCCUAUCUCCCACAUUUCCUGACGUCUACCCUCCUAGCUCAAUGCCUGCCAUGCCCUGGUUCUCUCAAGACAGUGUGUCUGGUCUCUCCUCAAACUCUUUACCUGCUGUACCUAAAUCUUCUGCCUCAGAUCAGAUUGUCCAGCUUCCUGCUUAUCCCCAAAUGAUUUACCCUGGCUUCUUAGCCCCCAAAUUCCCUCCAAGUGUCCCUCAUUUCUUUCAAGAUAAUGGUCCUGGAGCCUCGUUUCAUCAGUUCCAAUACUCUCAAAAUCCUUCAGCGCCUCCUACCCCGGCUCCUCCAACACAAAAUCAAAAACCUCAAUCUCCUGGUCAUUCCCAGGACAUCUACCCUAGUUUCAUGUCCCCUCAUUUCCCCCAGGUCUCUCCUCCAGCAUCACUGCCUGCCAGUCCCCCUGAACCUGCUGCUCCUCAAGAUCCACGCCCACCCACUCUUCUGGAUUAUUUUGAAAUACCUUCCUAUCCUCUUCCUACUUCAGCUACUUUGUUGCCAGGACCAUUUACUCCCCUUUCCAGUGAACAUAAAAGACCCUCCAGGCCACAUUACCAGCUUCCAUCCAACUCAGACGACUUAUACAAUCCAUAUGAAUUUUUUUUCUACCCCAAAACAGAUGAUCUUCACCAUCCUUCCACUUCUACCCCCAGCUAUCCUUUUGCCCAAAACCCUCCAACUGAGGAACAUAAGCAACCUCGGUACCACCGUCCAUUUAUUCAUUCACCCUACACACCAACACACAGUCCUGUACCCCAGUAUCCAACUACACGAAAACCUGUGUUUAGCGGCACUUCCACAGGUGUCUCUGUUGUCCCGAAGGCCAAAGUCUUCUGCUCCUCCAAACAGAUGCUUGUGCAGCUCCCACCCGGUCCUAUCUCUGGAAUUGCUGUUAAAGAUUUAAAAGGGAAUGAGAUAACUGUCCAGGACGCUCCAAAGGAAUGUGGAUAUUUGGCAAACAUCGGAAAAGAUGGCAAAAUCCAUUUAGGCCUUCAAUUAGACACACGCUGUCACUUGACUGUGAAGGAUAACAUGUAUAUCAUCGGCGUCAUCUAUAUGACUCAAAAUGGCAGGACGGAAGUUCAGGUUUAUUGUCCAGUUUCCACCUAUUCGUCUGAUGGAGAUUGUAACUUCCCCAGGGAGCAACGCCUCCAGUGCGGCAAAGGCCCGGUAUCUGAGGCAUCAUGUCUUGCCUUGGGCUGCUGCUUCAUCAAGCAUCUCCCUGCUUGCUUCUACCCUCUGGAUGAGUGCACAGUUGAUCGCCACUUUGUCUUCUCUGUCCCUGCAUCCCUCACGGAACCCCCCCUCUCCCCCGGUCUAUUGGGGGUUGCCAACAACUCCACCUGUAAACCAGUGAAAGUGACCAAUAAUUAUGCCUUGUUCAAGCUCCCUAUGGAUGGCUGUGGGACUCGCAGAGUGGAAGUUGGGAAAACUUUGAUUUAUAUGGUGGAAGUUGUCAAUACAGUUCAGACUAUCAGCCUCAAUUAUGGGACCAUCACAAGAGAAUCUCCUGUCAGGUUGCUUGUGGAGUGCAGAUAUGUACCAGGCAGUGCUUUAACUGUGAGCUACUUGGUUAAAACUCCCACUCUGGGGCCAGCAGUCCAAACCCAGGGAGUAUUUGGCGUCCAGCUUCGCUUGGCCAAAGAUGCUCAGUACACGAGCUACCACCCACAAUAUCACCAGCCCCUGCAGAUGCUGCUGGGGAAACCCCUCUAUCUGGAAGUAAGGAUGCUCAACGCCCCGGAUCCCAGUUUGAGGCUUUUGGUGCACUACUGUGUUGCCUAUUCACGCUCUGGAAAUUCAGUGUGGGUGCUGCUUUACAACGGGUGCCCAAACCCAUUGGAUCCAACCUCUCAGGUUGUGCUGUCUGAUCCACAACCUCCCUCUCCUCAUGCUCAAAUACGUCGCUUCACCAUGAGUACUUUCCAGUUCCUUCCCGAAGCAGAAAUCAAAGACCUGGCAGAGGAGAUUUACUUCAUGUGUGCAACGGAAGCCUGUUCUGAACUUGAUGGCCCAUGUGUUGAGGGCUGUUUUGGUCAUUGAUAUUGAGGCAUGGAAGACAAUUGAAGUUAACUGCAACAGCCUGGGAGCAGAUAUUAGUCAUUUGACCACCAAUAAAAGCUUUCCAAGGACAUUAA